AUGCGCCGCGGCAACGCAGGCAGCACAAGCAGGAGCAGCCCAAACGCGGAGAUAGCCGCAAUCGUGCCUGACAGCGACAGCGACAGCGACAGCGACGCCGAUGGCGACGACGGGUUGGCUCUAGUGGCAUUCUCGCUGCUCUUGCUUAUUAUGCCCAUCAUGGUGUACUUUAUGACGCUAAAGUACGUGUUUGCUGGGAAGACAGCGGCAUCGGCGAUCGCAGCCGUCGUGGCAGCAAACCUUGUGCUGGAGCUUGAGGACAGAGAGCAGGACAGCAAGGCAAAGAAGCAAUAG